CUCGCCUGCGCCCUCGGCCCCGCGGGCGGCCGGGCGGCCAGGCCACAGCAGGAGUGUGACUACCUGCAGAUGAUUGAGGUGCAGCACCAGCAGUGUCUGGAGGAGGUCCAGCUGGAGAAUGAGACCAUAGGCUGCAGCAAGAUGUGGGAUAACCUCACCUGCUGGCCAGCCACCCCUCGGGGCCACGUGGUGGUCCUGGCCUGCCCCCUCAUCUUCCAGCUCUUCUCCCCAAUUCAUGGCCGCAACAUCAGCCGUAGCUGCACGGAAGAGGGCUGGUCCUCGCUGGAGCCCGGCCCCUACCCCGUCGCCUGUGGCCUGGAUGACAAGGCCUCGAGUCUAGAUGAGCAGCAGCAGACAGUGUUCUACAACUCUGUGAAGACCGGCUACACCGUUGGCUACAGCCUGUCCCUCGCCACCCUGCUGGUCGCCAUGGCUAUCUUGAGCCUGUUCAGGAAGCUGCACUGCACUCGGAACUACAUCCACAUGCACCUCUUCACAUCCUUCAUCCUGCGGGCCACGGCCGUCUUCAUCAAAGACCUGGCCCUCUUCGACAGCGGGGAGUCGGACCACUGCGCUGAGGGCUCGGCGGGCUGCAAGGCGGCCGUGGUCUUUUUCCAGUACUGUGUCAUGGCCAACUUCUUCUGGCUGCUGGUGGAGGGUCUCUACCUGCACACCCUGCUGGCUGUCUCAUUCUUCUCCGAACGGAAGUACUUCUGGGGGUACAUACUCAUCGGCUGGGGGGUGCCCAGCACAUUCAUCAUGGUGUGGACAAUUAUCAGGAUCCAUUUUGAGGACUAUGGGUGCUGGGACACCAUCAACUCCUCUUUGUGGUGGAUCAUAAAGGCGCCUAUCCUCACCUCCAUCUUGGUGAACUUCGUCCUGUUUAUCUGCAUCAUACGAAUCCUGGUUCAGAAACUGCGGCCCCCAGACAUUGGGAAGAAUGACAGCAGCCCAUACUCGAGGCUGGCCAAGUCCACACUCCUGUUGAUCCCCCUGUUUGGAGUCCAUUACAUCAUGUUCGCCUUCUUCCCUGACAACUUUAAGGCUGAAGUGAAAAUGGUCUUCGAGCUCGUUGUAGGGUCUUUCCAGGGUUUCGUGGUGGCUGUCCUCUACUGCUUCCUCAAUGGGGAGGUGCAGGCGGAGCUGCGGCGCAAGUGGCGGCGCUGGCACCUCCAGGGCGUUCUGGGCUGGAACUCCAAAUCCCAGCACCCAUGGGGAGGCAGCAACGGCGCCACGUGCAGCACACAGGUCUCCAUGCUGACCCGGGUCAGCCCCAGCGCACGCCGCUCCUCCAGCUUCCAAGCAGAGGUGUCUCUGGUCUGACCACCAGGGGCCUCCAGGUUCCUUGUCACCCAACCUGCCAGCACCCACCUGGGACAGAUAGAUGCGUGGUCGGACGUUGCCACCCCAGCAUCGGUCAGGACGCCCCUGGCUCGGGCCUGGAGCACUUCUGUGCACGCCAGAGACCUGCAUCAGACUCCGCCUGCAAAGGCCCCCCUGCCAGGCCCAGGCACCUGAUCUGCUGACUCCGCCCCUGGUGUCACUUCUGACCUGUUGGAGUGAAGCAGCUGCCCAUUCUGUAAAGAUUUUGUGCUCUGAGGGCCAAGAGGUGAAAGGCCACCACUGCUAUGGGUUGGGUUAGGCAUUGGGCCCCUCUGGGUGGAUGUGGGGUCUUGGCUCCUCCUGUCUGCCAGCUGCUCCAGGUGAUUGACUUUCUCUACCUCAGGCAGACCCCGUUGUUAACCUGGAGCUUGGGUCUGGGGAGCACAGCUGUCUUUGUGAGGAUGGAGUGGGCCCAACAUCAGUCUGUCCAUGGGCUGAAGGACUCUGGGGACUCCAAAAGGGUUUCCCACCGAGGCCCAGGAUCAGCCACACCAGCCUUAUGCACAACCAAAGUAAAUGAGAGCUGCCCUCCCUGAGGUUCACCUAUGUGCCAGCUAUUGUAACCAGACUACGAGACGGGCUCCCACCGGCCCCUUCUACCCACCAGCUCAGUUUCACAGAUGGGGAAACAGUCUUGGAGAGAAAGCAGGCAUCUCACCCUGCCGUGUAGGCAGGAUUUGAACUCAGACCUGGCUAACAGGACCAUGGAAAUGCAAACUUUUCCUUUGCUACUUUUUUUAUAUGUUGUAACCAGCUGGCUUCUCUUGGGUCUUUUGUAUCGUCACUAAUAUUAUUAGUACUCCUGAGAACCUGUGCCUUCCCCACCCUCCCUGGAAGACGGCGGCGGAGUCGUCCGUGACGUGCCGCUAGCACACGCGCCUCUGCUGUCACUCGGGCCACGCAGCUUCCUGCCCAAGGCCCUGUCUGAAGAUCCCCUCAGAACCGCACCGGGCUUGUGUGGCAAUAAACAAUAAAUAUUGGCUUCGA